AUGUCCACCUCAGAAAAACUGUCCGCAGAUGACGUCCUGAAUACUCUAGGUAACUCCUCGAUUCGCCGUCAUCUCGUCUUAGACUAAAUCUGCUUCAGACAAGAGCAACCGUUACAUUCUUACGUGCAUUCUCGUGUGCGGACUCACGUGGGCUCCGAUCGCCGCCACUGGCCUCUGUCCUUCGUUCGUCGUCGCGGCGCCGGAGAACUCGACGUUUGUGGGUGUGGCCAAUGAGUUCAAUCUGACCGGAGACGCCACGUGGCUGGCGGACAGCACGACCACCUUCUACAUGGUCGGAAACAUGCUCGGCGGAAUGUUCAUCCCCCCGCUCGCCGACAAGUACGGCCGUCUGCCGGUCUUCGUCGUCACUGUGCUUCUGAUGGCUGCCGGCGGAAUAGUCUCAGCCUUCUCGACGUCCAUGAUGAUGUUCUGUGUGAUGCGGCUAAUCCAUGGCAUCUUCUACACGGCGUCGGGACUCGCCGGAUGGGUGCUGGGGUACGAGAACACCCCCCUUCGUCUCCGCUUCUUCACCUCCGUCUACUUCGGACUCAUGUGGGUCGUCGGCGCGUGCAUCCUCGCCCUCCUCGCAUUCGUUCUUCCCGAUUGGCGUUGGCUCAUGUUCUGUAUUUCCGUCCCCAGCAUCUUCGUCGCACUUUUGAUCUACACGUGAGCUCUCUGCUCAUUCCAUCCGAAGUUCACUUUUUCGUGUUCCAGGACAGUCCCCGAAAGUCUUCACUACCUGGUUUCCAGCAAAAAGACCGAGAAGAUCGAGGCGUGGCUGGAAAAGAUCCGAGGACCGAAGGGAGACAUUUCGGCCGCCGACAUUGUGGAAGUUCAGAACGAGAAGAGCUCGAGUCUGAAGAGUUUGUGUCGAGAGAUGUGGAAGCACAAGAUCUUCAUCGUUUACAUUUUCGUAAUGACCUACAUCUGGUAGCCAAUUCACCGCCCCACACGACUCAAUCACAUCCUUUCCAGGAUCGUCGAUACCUUCAUCUACUUCGGACUGGCGUUCUACUCAAAGAACCUAGCCGGCAACAUUUAUCUGAACUUUGUGCUGAUGAGUCUCGUCGAGGCGCCCGCCUACACCUUUUCGCCAAUUUUCAUGAACAAGUACGGUCGGAAGGUGCUCAUCUCCGGCACGCACAUCGUCGCCGGCCUCUCCUUUAUAGGCAUUGUUUUCUCUUCGGAAGAGUGGCACAUCCACUUCUGGCUCCUCGGAAAGUUUGCCAUUUCUUGCUCUUUCAUGAGCAUCUAUAUGUUUGCCAGCGAGGUUCGUGCAAAUGAUUGAGAAAGAGUAAAAUGGCAUCAGUUUUAGAUUUUCCCAACUGAUGGAAGGAACAAGUGCAUCGGAUUCUGUGAGACUUUAUCGAGAUUCGGAGGCAUGCUCUCUCCGUAUCUGUCCCAUUUGGUAAGAGAUAAAUCAUUUCAAAAGGGGAACCUCACCGUUUUCAGACGGCCGUCCAUUCGCUCGCCCCGGCCAUAACUCUCUCGCUGAUCGCCGUGUCCGGAGGCCUUCUCACUCUGAUUCUUCCGGAAACCCUCAACACGAAACUUCCGUCGACAAUUGCCGAAACUGCCAGUCGUCGGCAGUUGAUCGAUCGCUCCGAUUCGAACUCCAACUAG